CUAUAAGUAUGAUUUAAAAAAAACUCAAUGUAAUGGGAAUGGUUAAUGACAACGAAUUCGAAUAUAAGAAAGUAUAUACUAAGGAAUAAAGGUUGGAAAAAUACGAAAAAGUUAUAAAGCAUACAGGUGAAGAGAGAAUCCUAGUUGUUUUGGAAAGGCACAGAAAAGCUAAGAUUUAAAAAUAAAAUGACAAGUUGUCUCAAUUUUAAUUGUAUAAAUAGUCAAUUUACAUUUUAGAUUUGCGAUAAAUAAAAAUAAAACUCUGGUUGAAUUAAUGCAAUAUGUUAAAUAAAAUGCAGGAAUCGAUGUUUCAACAAGCAUAUUCUUGUAUUGCAAUAAUCAGUUACUCAUGAUGAAAUGUAAGUAUUUCAUUUUAUUGCUAGCUGAUAUAAGUGUUGGAACCUUAUAUGAAACAUAUCAAAAUAAAGAAGACAACCAUUUAUAUUUAAAAUAUGCGGAUUUUGAAACAUUUGGUUGACCUUAUUGAUUUUAU